UGUUAAAAAAAAUAAAACAAUUCUUUCAUAAGAAACCCACAACAUGUUAGAAACCCAGCAGCGCCGGAACCCCCAACAACUAUAUUUAUCUCCCUCUUUCUCACACUUCCACAAUUCCAAUCACAAUCUUCUCCAAUUAACCUCCUCUCUCACUAUUCCAUCUUCUUAAUUACUCAUCACUCUUCUUAGAAACUAGUCUAACAAUUAGGUUUUGAAGGGCACACAAAUAUAUUCCAAGGUUGUGUGAAAAUGCGAAUGAGUUGUAACGGAUGUCGUGUUUUGCGCAAAGGGUGUAGCGAAGAUUGUAGCAUAAGACCGUGUUUGCAAUGGAUCAAGAACCCGGAGUCGCAAGCUAAUGCCACUGUGUUUCUUGCUAAGUUCUAUGGCCGUGCUGGCCUCAUGAACCUCAUCAACGCUGGUCCUGAAAACCUUCGUCCUGCUAUUUUUCGAUCCUUGUUAUACGAGGCAUGCGGUCGAAUUGUUAACCCAAUUUACGGGUCAGUGGGUUUGUUAUGGUCCGGGAGCUGGCAGCUCUGUCAAGCCGCUGUGGAAGCCGUUUUGAAAGGUGAGCCGAUCACGCCGAUAACAUCCGAAGCCGCGGCUAAUGGGCGGGCCCCACCUCUCAAGGCCUACGACAUACGCCACGUGUCAAAAGACCAGAACUCGGCAAAUGAAACUCCAAAGACCAAGACCCGGUCCCGGUUCAAGCGAACCAGCGGCACGCUUAUUAAACCGAAGGCCAGCAAAGGAACCGGGUUCGUUCCGGUUGAGCCGGAGAUGGCGAACCGGACUGCGAGUCAUGAGUCGGGGCUGAGCCACUUGUCGGAAGCCACGGCGAUGGUGGAGGGGGAAAGCAAAGAGAGCGAAAGCGUGGUGUCGAUGGAUACCUCAAACCUAAUUCACGAAGAACCGGAGUGGGUUGCGAAGACGAGUGAUGGAACCGGUGAGAGCGGCAACGAAAUUGGUUUGGAAUUAACGCUCGGGUUCGAACCGGUUUCACGUUUGCAUCACGUGGUUCCGAUGAAGAAGAGAAAGAUAAUUGAGUUGAAGAGUUGUGGUGACUCGGCUGAGAAAGACUCGUGUAAGAUGGAGCUGGGGCUUGAGUACCCGGCUUGAAUAAUGGUUUGCUUGGUUUUGGCUUAACCGGCUUAUUCUCUAGAAACUUGUAGGUGAGAUGAGAAGUUUAGAAGCACUUGUUAUUAUGCUUUUAUUAAUUUUUAAAACUUUUUUCUUCUUUUUUGGUUAAUCUUUGUGAAUUCGAUGUUGUACAAAGAUGGUUGAUAUCAAAGAUACGUAGAGAUAAAAAGAAAUUAGAGAAUUACAAGUAUUUGUUGCAAAUGGAACGAUUCAGGCCGAAUUUGCAUGAA